AUGGCGUGCAAUGCACCAGUGGUUUCCAACAAAAGAAAACGGUCGUCGUCAGGAGCGUAUUGUACCCUCCCCGGCCAGACCGAAGGAUGUACCCGGUUGGUCGCUCACCAAGAUUCGCAGAGAGAUUGGGACCCCGACUCUGAGCGUCAAGCCGGGAGACAUUCACCUGGGCAGGCGCAUUUCCCGGCGCAGCCCCGUGGGAAGUCUCGCUGGAAAGGAAGGUAAAGCGGAUAAGAGCAAACCGGCGGGCAAAUCAUCCUCAGCCUUCUCUAAAACGGCCAACGCAGUGAAAAGCACCGGGGGUCGGCGUAAGGGUUCGGACGCCAGCACAGGCUCCGACGAUUUAUCUAAGGACUCCGGCUGUGCCACCGGGAAGCUCUCCCCGACCGACAGUAGCUCCGAGCUCUCGGACUGCGCCUCCGAGGAAAACAAGCUCUCAGCGGACGCUGUGAGUAGCGACGCCGAGGCGAGAAGCAGCCGAGGCGGGGGGCUAGACGGAGACAAGCCGCUCAGAGAUGGCGUGUUGGCAGAAAGAGCUAGCCAACAUGCCACCGCCAGGACCACCUGCUUCUCCUCGGAGAGGGACUACAAGGACCGGCUCUCCCUGGCCGUGGAGACAGGGGAAGGGAGCAUAUCCCCAGGCGUGGAGCGCUCGGUCACCUCGUUUGACAGCAGGGUGCCCCCCAGCGCAUCCCUGGCUUUCUCAGACCUCACAGAGGAGUUUAUGGACGGCAUGCAUGAGGAGUUUGUACGGGAAAUAGAAGAACUGAGAUCUGAGAAUGAUUACCUCAAGGUGUUGAUUUGAUCGGCCACGGCGGCUGAUUCGCUGAAGUCCACGGUCUCCACGUCAGCCUGGAAGUACUUCUUCAUCAGAUGCAGGAACUCGGGGUUGAAGGUGAUGCCUUCCUGCAGGAGGAGGCUGUUGGCGAACCGGAUCACGUAGUGGGCGUUGUCUUCAGACAGCGCCGCCGUCAGGUUCUGCAGCAAAGAGAACUCCACGCCUAAAGGACAGAGGGACACAUCCAUAAUGUAGCUGUGUGUCCAGAGGACAGUGAUCCGACAAAGAUGUGCUUUUUAGUUAAACAAUGGUACAGCAAUUGGAACAAAAACCCCACCCAGUAGAACUAACAAACAUUUUGUACAUUUAGCUUCUUCAUGGUUAAAUACACUCAAUGUUGGUUGCUUUUCUAAACAGUGGCAGUUCUUGACCAUAUUUUCUUGGGUGCACAUUAAAUGCUGCACACAAAAAAGAGACAGUGUUUAUAAUUGUUAGGUUAGUAUAACGAUGUAGACAACAAAAUAAUUAGAUUGUAAUUUGUGUCUCUAACUCAGUUAACAUGGUAUGACAUUAUUAAAAACAAAACACAUUUUUGUCAACUUUGGUUCAGGUUAAAGCAGUCUUUGAAUAAAAACUGAAUUAGCAUAGACUCUUCCCUUGGAGGGGGGCCACUGGUGGGUCCAAGCCCAGUGUAAUAGGGGCACUGGUCCCAGCUGCACCCCCCCCCCCCAUGAGAAACAAUCAUGCAGCUAAAUGAAAUGUGAUGAAAUCAUAUUCAACUCCUCUUCCUUCCCCCAUAGCCCUAAUGCUGGUGUGUUUGCGGCUGUGUCUCCGGUCAAAGCAGUCUUUGAAUAAAAUCAAAAACGGUAUUAUUAUUGACUCUUAUUUUGUAGGGGGGCCAACAGGGGGGUCCAAGCUUAGUGUUACAGGGGCACUGGAAAGCACCCAGAACCACCCAUGCAGCUGAUUGAAAUGUAAUUCAAUCAUUUAUUAAACUCCCCUUCCUUAACCCACCUGUAACACUAAUGCUGGUGAACUUGUGUUUGUCUCUCACCUGGCAGCAGAUGGCUGAAGCCCACCGCCUGGCGGAUCUCCUCCAGCGAGGCCCCCCGGGCCCCCAGCUCCACCAUGCCCAGGGCCAGAGCCACGCUGAGCGGGGAGAAGACGAUGUUGUCCUGGUCCCCCGCCGCCUGCAGCCGGUGGUACAGUCUGACCGAGAACUCUGCUGUCGUGUCCUCCGGAAUGUCCGCCGCCCGGCAACUGUAGCGCGGCAACAGGAAGAGUAGGAGGAGGAGGAGCGGGGAGAACACGUCCAGGAUCAACAUCGCAGCACGGACCACAGACAGCUGGAGGGGGAGAGAGGAAGAGAUGAGGGAUUUAAUGUGAUGUGUAAAAAAUAUGAGGUGUGAAGGAGGCAAAAAAAAAAAGGUGGGGAGGAAGGAAUGGAGAGAAAAGGGGGAGGAUUGCAAAACAGGAGGGAGGGGUUGAGAAAGAUAAAGGUAGAGAAGAUUACUGUGUAUGGGAGAAAAAGAGAUGAAGGUCAAGAGGAUUUUGAAAGAGAGGGUCGGGUUGUGGAGGCAGGAAACAUCUGACAUUCUGCCAAAUGAAAGAGGGCAUACGAUGCUCAUUUUCAGGGUCAUAUUAGUAUGUUGUGCCUCUACUGUGUCUCCAGGCUUUAAUGUGCAAAAAGCUAUUUUUCACCCUCUGCCUGAAACCAGAGCCCAGUCUGCUCUGAUUGGUUAGCUGGCUGGCUCUGCUGUGAUUGGUCAACCGCUUAGAAAGGUUCCACCCCUUAGCGUACUAAUGUGUUGUGAGCGCUGGCCAAUAGAAGUGUGAGUGUUACAUCGUGAUGUCACUUUGUUACAGAGCUUUGGGAUUUUAGCCUAUGCAGACCAUUUAAAUCACAAAAACCUAUAUAACACACUAAAGACAUAUACUGUAGAGUCUCUCUAAGAUGCCCAGACAAACAUGUAUCGUAUAACAGAGAAAUAUUGAAAGGGAGAUAAACAUAUCCGCAACACAGUCUGGAAUAACACAUUUAUUUUGUUGUUUGUCUCUGUGAUGGGCUGUUGUCAUUAUGCAGUGUGUAUUAUGGGCUGGAAUCUGCUGGCGGCUGCUGUGUGUGUGUGUGUGUGUGUGUGUGUGUGUGUGUGUGUGUGUGUGUGUGUGUGUGUGUGUGUGUGUGUGUGUGUGUGUGGCAUCAGGUGACACAAUGUACCUGAGAGUCAACAACAAUAGGCAGCAGAUACAGAAGCAGAGCCCCAUCCUGUUGUCCUUUUCCUCUGCUGUGCCCUGGGAUUGGCACAAAGAGCAAUGUUCCCUUUCAAAAUAAAAGCUCUACAGCCUCGGGGACACAUAAAUGUCACGCCCUACA